AGUGAGAAAGUUGCCGGCGUCCCGGGGAGAGUUGGCCUAGCUGUGCGCGCACCGCGGCGAUGGGAGGUUCGGGCAGUCGCCUGUCUAAGGAGCUGCUGGCCGAGUACCAGGACCUGACGUUCCUGACCAAGCAGGAGAUCCUCCUGUGAGUGCUGCCCUGACCCCGGUCCUCCAACUCGGGAUUGCCAGGGGAGGGCUUUGCGGGUACUUUUCUCGCGGGAUACGGAUUGGACGUCUCACCUCCGAGGGUGGGGCUGUGCUUCUGGGAUGUCAGGAUCACUGGAUCUGGAGUCGGAGGCUCAGAGUGCAAGUCCCACCCGCUCCAGAGCCUCACCUUUGCACCACGCAAACACUUCUGUGUAUCCAGGAAAAGUUGAACUGUUUGAGCUCCUCUAGCCUCCUCACUGCCGAGCUUCCUGCUCGCUUCUAAAAGGAACUGCUGUGACUCUUUGCGGACUUUGCCCUCUGGCAAAACCAAGAGGUCUUGUACGUGGCUCGCUCCAAUCCCAACUUUACCUGUUUAAUUCAGUAACCGUUAACGUUUACUGAACCCUUACUCUGCCCAGUAGCUCCUGAGUGAUCCACACAUUACUUCAGGAGGAGGUUACAGAUCAAGGAAUCAGGUUCAGAGAGUUCUGAGAACUUGACUAUAAAGCACACUAUAAGUGAUUUGCUGGCCAGAGCGCUUGAGUUAGGUUCCUAGCCCCACAAUGAAAUUCUACUGGGAAAGAGGUGGUGGCUGAGAGGAGUCUCUGGAGUGGAGAGCCCACAGACGCUUUUGUGAGCUGCUUCCCCCAGAGCAGCGGACCGUGGAGGAGUCACUGCACACCCGAGUAUCGUUUGAGCAGAUCCUCAGCCUCCCAGAGCUCAAGGCUAACCCUUUCAAGGAGCGAAUCUGCAUGGUCUUCUCCACAUCACCUACCAGAGACAGCCUGAGCUUUGAGGACUUCCUGGACCUCCUGAGUGUCUUCAGUGACACAGCAACCCCAGACAUCAAGUCACACUAUGCCUUCCGCAUCUUUGACUUUGAUGACGAUGGAACCCUGGACAGAGAAGACCUGAGCCAGCUUGUGAAUUGCCUCACGGGAGAGGGCGAGGACACUCGGCUCAGUGCUUCUGAGAUGAAGCAGCUGAUUGACAAUAUCCUGGAAGAGUCAGACAUUGACAGGGAUGGGACCAUCAAUCUUUCCGAGUUCCAGCAUGUCAUCUCGCGCUCACCAGACUUUGCCAGCUCCUUUAAGAUUGUCCUGUGAUGUCUUCUAAGUACCAACAUCCUGUCCAAGACCUGGCCACUGCUGAGAUGUGGCCAAGGUUAUGCCUGCGGUGUCAGGGCCAGUGCCGGCCCAGCCUGGAGAGGGCGCUGCAGAGUCUGGCCCCCUGGCAGGGGAGGACCCUCCCCCUUGUCACUGCUGUUGUCAUCACUGUGUUUACUAAUUGGUAAUAAAGGUUUAGAAAUGUUUGA